GCAUAGGUCCCUAUGGUAAUUUCUUUCUUCGGUUGGUGGAAUAAAGUCUCUGUAAAAAAAACCGAGUACUGGAGAGAGCUAGUAGUUUGUUGGGUUUUUUUUUUUUUUUUUUUUUUACCACCCGCACCUUUCGUACAAGUCUAUAACUCACUCGCCUCGCCAGUAGAGUGUACUAGUACUCUAUUUUGUUUCAACAUUCUCUUCAGAAUACUUUGCCUUUCUCCCACCCGCAGUAGCUCGUACUCUCUCCCAACUCCCAAACUACACCUUCUCAUUAAAUCCCAUUUCCCCCCUUCUUCUUCUUCUUCUUCUUCCUCUUCUCUCCCCCUCUCCAUCAAACUCAAACUCACACACCACAAUCCCUCAUUAUUAUCCCCCAAUCCAUCUCUCUUCUCCCCUUCAACAAUCUCCAACAAAGUAAGCGGAAGGUGAAAAGGGGGGAAAAAGGGGGAGAAUAGAGUGCUGAGCAGCAGCUGCUGCUGCAUUAAUUUGUUGUACUACCUUCCUCAGUCUUCUGUUCAUUGAAGCCGAGGGGGAAACACAAAAGAAAUGCUCACCAACACCAACUCCAGCUCUAAUAACUCUCUUCUUCUUCUUCUUCCUCACUCCCUCCUUUCGGUUUCUACUGUUCUUUCACUAAACCCUCGUUCCCCAUAAAUUAAAUUAAAAAAAAACAGAGCAUUGUUUUCUUUUCCAGCUUGUUACCCUCUUCCUUCCUUGAGAUUUGCGUUGCUGCCUGCCUUCAUUGUGGGUGUUUCUUUUCUACCCAGCCCGCCAUUUACCAUUCUGAGCAAAACCCAGAUAAUAUUAGGCCUUACUCUUAGAAAGUCCGCCUUUCAAUUUGCCGUCUAUUGCCCGCUCCAGUGAACUUUGCACUUUUCCUCUUUGAAGUGCUUAUAUAUGAAUUUCACGAGACAAUGAGAGAUGAGAACUCGAAGAAACCCAAGCUUUCAUGGCCCAAGACACUGGUCAAGAAGUGGUUCAAUAUAAGGAGCAAAGCUGAAGAAUUCCAGGCGGACGAUGAUAGUUGCCAUUAUGCAGCAGGGGGAAGAGAAAGAGAUACAGAAGGUGGUGAUGAAGAUUGGGGAAGCAACUUCAGAGAGAGGGAGGCAGCUAUAGCAGCAUGCACCAUCAAGAAAAGCAAAGCAGAGAGGUUGAGUAAGAGGGGCUCUGAUCGAAGAGUCAGGCGAAGUAGAAGUAAAAUUGACAUUGAUGCUGCUCAAGUCACUGAGGUUAACAAUUAUAGGGUUUUUGUUGCAACUUGGAAUGUUGCUGGAAAAUCUCCUCCAAGCUACUUGAGCCUUGACGACUGGCUUCACACUUCACCUCCAGCUGAUAUUUACGUUCUUGGGUUCCAAGAAAUCGUACCUUUAAACGCCGGUAAUGUUCUGGGCACAGAGGACAAUGGCCCGGCGAGGAAAUGGCUGGCUCUCAUUCGGAAGACUCUCAACACCCUUCCCGGCGAUACCGCCGCCUGCCGCACUCCUUCCCCAAUUCCCGAUCCGCUCGUGGAAUCUGACGCGGACUUCGAGGGGUCAACGACGAGACCGAAUGCGGCCUCGUCGUUUUUCCACCGCCGUUCUUUCCAGUCGUUGAGCCGGAGCAUGAGGAUGGACGGCGGCGGCGAAAUGACGGUGCCGCAGCCGAGGCUUGAUCGGCGGUUCAGUGUCUGCGACCGAGUAAUGUUUGGGCAGAGGAGGAGCGAUUAUUAUGACCCGAAUUUGAGAUGGGGUUCGUCGGACGAUGAGACGAACGGCGCAGGGGACUGUUCCCCUGUUACGGCACAUUGUUCCCCUGUUGAUGAUUGCUACAGUGGGUUCUCUGAAGAUAGGGAAAGGGCAAAUUAUGGGCAGUCGUCGAGGUACUGUUUGGUUGCUAGCAAACAAAUGGUUGGGAUUUUCUUAACUGUUUGGGUGAGGAGCAAUCUUAGAGAUGAUGUUAAAAACAUGAAGGUGUCUUGUGUUGGGAGAGGAUUGAUGGGUUAUCUGGGCAACAAGGGCUCCAUUUCAAUUAGCAUGUCAUUGCACCAGACAAGCUUUUGCUUCAUCUGUAGCCAUCUAACUUCUGGGCACAAGGAGGGAGACGAGCUGAGGAGAAACUCAGAUGUUAUGGAGAUCCUUAGGAAGACCAGGUUUCCAAGAGUUCAAGGCAUGGGAGAUGACAACUCUCCUCAGACUAUCCUAGAUCAUGAUCGGAUCAUAUGGUUAGGGGAUUUGAAUUAUCGAAUUGCCUUGUCGUAUCGGUCGGUGAAGGCCCUAGUAGAGAUGCGCAACUGGAGGUUAUUGCUAGAGAAUGAUCAGCUUAGGAUGGAGCAAAGGCUAGGGAGAGUGUUUGAGGGAUGGCAUGAAGGGAGAAUAUACUUCCCUCCAACAUACAAAUACUCGAAUAACUCGGACAGAUAUGCUGGUGAUGACAGGCACCAGAAGGAGAAGCGAAGAACUCCUGCUUGGUGUGAUCGGAUUUUAUGGAACGGAAGAGGACUGAAUCAGUUAUCUUACGUUCGUGGUGAAUCAAAGUUCUCGGAUCACAGGCCGGUUUACAGCAUUUUUCUUGCUGAGGUGGAGUCGAUAAACCAUGGUAGAAUCAAGAAAAGUAUUAGUUGUUCAAGCUCCAGAAUUGAGGUGGAGGAGCUGCUGCCCCACUCACAUGGAUACUCAUACACUCAACUCAAUUACUUUUGAGAGAAGGGGGAUUUCCAUGGUCCAUCCAGAACGCUAAAUUUAUCAUGAGAACAAUUAAUGCCUGAUCAUCAAGGUAAUCUUUCUGAUGGAUCCUUGGUUUACAAAUCAGCAAAGUAACUUAGUAUGCGUUCUGCAUCUUGUAGGCAAAUCAAGUCUUCAGGGGCAAAUCCAUUUCUCUUGUAUUUAUUUGCCUACCGCUAGAACAUGCAUGCAACCCAAACUAAACCCGAAAAAGCUAACCUAGUAUGCAUUCUGCAUCUUGUACGCAACUCUGAGAUGUUUUGCUUUGCUGGACACAGGUGGCUGUUACUUGUUGCUGCAUCUGAUAAUGUUUGCUCUUGCCAUGGAAUGGUGAUGGAGCCUUUGGGAAAACCCGAAUCGGAAGGUAGGAACUUUAUCGCUUUCUUUUACAAUAUCUCAGCUGCCUGCAUUACUACUUCCAUGUAUAUCAUGCCCUUUGUAAAUGCUCAAUGCUCCCACUGACAACAUCCAUUCAUUUCCUCACCAGAUUGCAAGUUUUUACUCCACAAAUUGGGUGGCUCCACAAGACAGAGCAGCUGCCGGAUUUCCCUUUGUAGCAAAGGUAAGAGGAAGCUUCAUUUUGCUUCAGCAGCGCAAUUCAUUUCCUGCCAUAACUUCAACAUUUAAACACUUUACCUGAUUCAUUUUGGUCCCAUUUUGGCCUCUUUCUUUGCAGGGAGCAAGGAAUUCUGUCCAGCAGCUGUGUGAAGAUAUGUAGUCCCAAGUUCACUGGCGAUUCAAUUUUCGUGGUUAGCCAAACACAACAACAAUAAAUGUCAUGAAGGAAGAAAGUGAGGUUGUUACAGUAGUGAAUAGAAGCAAGCAAAAGGGUAAAGAGAAAGAGUAGGGAUGUAAAUGUAAAAUAUGGCCAGUUGCCAGUUGCUAGUGGGGGCUGGAUGAUCAUUUGUUUUUUUUUUUUGCAGCAUUCUUACUUGUUCCUCUGAGUAUAACAGUACAGAUAAAGACGACGGGGGAGCAGAAAAAGAAAAAAGGAAGCAGAGGAAACGAAAUAGUGGAAACAAGGCUUUCCCUUUUUGCGGCUUUUUGUUGUGUGGGAAUGUCAGGUUGAGGGGAGUACGGAUUGUUUUUGUCUGGUGAAUUAAGCUGUAAUGCAAUGCAUGGACUCCAGUCUCCAACGGUUUUGUCCAUGUCCUAUGCCAUCAACUGGGAGAUUUUCAUCAUGAUGAGAAAGAAGUGUCCUGCUGGUUUUGGACCAAACUGAAAACAUAAAAGGAAUAAGAAUCUGGUUUGGUGUUGACUUUUGAUUCCAUCAUUUCCUUUAUUAUAACAAGACUUUGUUUUUCUAGUGUUUGAGUUAACAAUUUCGAUUUAACCUCCUUGAUUUUGGACUCAUUGAGCAUUGGGGGGGUUUAUCACUCUCUCUAGGAGUAUUGGGGGUGUUCUAGCUCGUGUUAUUAUUUGCUCAUAUCAUUGCUGAGUUUUGACUUGUUUACAGAAUACUAGACACUGGGAUAUGUUUUAAAUCAUAAUUUGUAUCAUGUUUGCUAAUUUGUUGUGCCGAAACCGGAUAUUAUAUGAAAUUUUGUCUGGUUGGAUGAACUAAUGGUCUACAGAAUGAUUAAUUAGCUAAAAUACACAAAUAUAAAUAAAAAGGUGAUGCAUUUUUUCAUGUUAGAUGUUAGAGUUCAUCGUCAUUCAUGGAUUGAGUAGCAAGUUAGAAGAACGCAUAAAAUAAUUGAGCAAUGUAAUAAAAUUUGCUUCGAAGGAAGGAUUGAUUUGAAUGGUGAAGACUUUGUCACGUUGCUGAAAAUCAAUCGUAGUUAAAUCAAGAAGCUAGUUCGAAAUAGCGCACUAAACAACAUGUCAAAAGAGUUUUUCAUUAAAGGAAAACAAAGACUCCAGAGCGAUGCGAGUACACAAAUCAAUUUCUCAUAAUUAGUUAUUAUAGUAUUUCUCAAAUUGAGAAGCACAUAGAGGAAACAUGAAAAUAACAGCGUAGAUAUUUUUUCUAUCGAAGGAAGAGCACAAAGUGCGCCAGGAGAAGAUUGGUUUUUGUUCUUGUGGAGUUAAACACUAAACGUUUAGGAUCUAUCAUGUUCUUAAAUGCAGAGCGUAUUACGAAUACCCUAAAAUAUCAAGAUGAAGAUGAAUAUUUUUCAUGUUUGAACAAAUUGUUAAACCACUU